AUGAAGUGUUCAUUGCUGCUCAUUGUCAUUUGCUGUAGUUUGUUAGCGUUGCCGUGUUCAGGUGAAGGAAGCUUUCCUGAGCAAGAAAAGGAUCCUAAUUUCUGGCUAUCCUGGGCCCAACGGACUCUGAACAACGCUCUAAAUCUGCAACACCUAAACCAAAACAUUGCCAAGAACCUCAUCUUGUUCCUCGGAGAUGGGAUGGGCGUCCCCACGGUGACGGCCGCUCGGAUAUUGAAGGGUCAGCUGAACGGACAGCCUGGCGAGGAGACCGUGAUGGAGAUGGACAAGUUUCCGUAUGUGGCUUUGUCCAAGACAUACAACACAGAUUCGCAGGUGGCUGACAGCGCUGGCACGGCCACAGCUUUCCUUUGCGGCGUCAAGGCCAAUGCUGGCACUGUGGGCGUGAGUGCCAACGCCGUCCGCGCCCAAUGCAAUACUACGUUCGGCAACGAGGUCACUUCUAUCCUCAGAUGGGCCAAGGAUGAAGGCAAGUCGGUGGGUAUCGUGACAACCACUCGCAUCAUGCACGCUACACCCAGCGCCGCCUAUGCCCACAGUGUGAACCGAGACUGGUACUCAGACAACGAAAUGCCGGCUGAGGCGCUGGAGGCCGGCUGCAAAGACAUCGCCAGGCAACUGUUUGAAAAUAUUCCAAAUAUUGACGUAAUGAUGGGUGGAGGUCGGAAGUACAUGUUUCCGAAAAACACGCCAGAUGUUGAAUACCCGGACAACGGGAGUCACAACGGCACACGCAACGACGGUCGGCACCUGGUGCAGGAGUGGCUCGACAAAACCCAGAGCAAAAAAGGCCAUUACGUGUGGAACAAGCGUCAGCUCUUAUCGCUCAACCCCCUCAAUGUUGAUUACUUACUAGGUCUCUUUGAACCGUCGGAUCUCAUGUUCGAAUUAGAGAGGGACAGAGAGACCGAGCCAUCACUCACGGAGAUGGUGGAGGUUGCCAUCAAGAUUUUGCGGAAGAACCCCAAUGGAUACUUCUUGCUUGUCGAAGGCGGUCGUAUUGAUCAUGGUCACCACGGUAGUUUGGCCCAGCUAGCUCUGCACGAUGCUGUGGAAAUGGACCGGGCCAUCGGUCGAGCGGACCUUAUGACCAGCGUCUAUGAUACCUUGACUGUCGUCACCGCCGACCAUUCGCACGUGUUUACCUUUGGAGGAUACACUUGGAGAGGAAACAGCAUUUUCGGCUUGGCCCCCGAAUUCAGCGAUGUAGACCAAAAGCCCUACACCGCCAUCACGUACGGCAAUGGCCCGGGUUACAGAUUGGUCGACGGCGCAAGGGAGAACAUCACAAAUGUUGACUAUGGUGGUGCCAUCUACCAGGCUCAGUCAGCUGUUCCGCUUAAGUCAGAGACACACGGUGGGGAGGAUGUGCCCGUGUUCGCCAAAGGCCCGCUGGCUCACCUUUUGCACGGCGUGCACGAGCAGAACUACAUCCCGCACGUCAUGGCUUACGCAGCCUGCAUCGGUAUCAACAAGGGCCACUGCCCGCAUGACGGUUCCAUUUUUGACAACGCCGAACGGCCCGUAUUGUCGAGCAUCAUUGCUCUGCUGGCUGUUGUGCGAUUUCUGUGUUGA